AAUGGUGGAAGCGAUAACGCGCCUGUGUUGUCUUAACUCGUAAAUCGAAAGUUGAUUCUUAUUUUGCAAUGAUUUAAACCCAUUAGUGACAAGAAAUGCGUGUAUUUUGUGAAAGUAUUUCAGGAGCUUGCGUCCUUUGUGUGUUAGUAUUGCUAAUAUUACCACAAGCUACAGUCAGUCAGCAUUAUACUAGUUACAGCGCUAGAACUCCAGGCCCUAACGUAAUUUACGAUUUCAGAAAUGUGUAUCAAAGUCCAGGUAACAACCGUCAAGGCUCUGCCGUCAGAAAAUCAGAUAUUUUUGAUUAUGGGGACCAGCGAUGUCCAGAAGCAUAUUCUGAUGAAUUACCAGUUAAAGUAACCGUGGAUUUAACGAGAGAAACUGUCAUAGAAGGGCGUUAUGUUUAUUUGUGUGACGGUCCUGGCGUACCGGAAAGAGAUAGGCCACAAAAUGGCAAUUUUAGGCCAGUUACCAAGUUUUAUAAAAACAUAACAGCUUUUUUGGGAAUACCAUAUGCAGAACCUCCAGUUAAAGAGAGAGGACUACGUUUCAAGGAUCCUCGGCCCUCUAUCAAGACUGGAAAAAUUGGAGCAUUAAAAUACAAACCUGGUUGCCCACAAUAUAAGGACUAUUAUGGGAUUGAUAUGGGUAUAGAAAAUGUGGAUGAAGAUUGCUUGUAUCUGAAUGUAUUCUCCCCGUACGCAGGAACACAACUCCAAAGCCAAGAGAAAUAUCCUGUCAUGGUUUAUAUCCACGGAGGAGACUGGGACCACGGUAGUGCGAGCACGUUUCCUCCCCACGUGCUGGUAGCGUCACAAGAAGUGAUUGUUGUUACUUUUAACUACAGACUUGGACCACUUGGUUUCCUAGCAACAACAGACAAUUCUUCAGCUGGUAACUAUGGGAUGUUAGAUCAGGCCUUUGCUAUUCAGUGGGUAUUUGACUACAUAUCACAUUUUAAUGGAGACCAGAAUAAGAUAACCCUGUUUGGACCUGGGGCGGGAGCAGCAAGUGCAGGACUUCAUGCCAUAUCUCCACGGACACGAGAAAAAGUGAAAAGGGUUAUUGCACAAAGUGGAUCAGCUGUUGCUGAUUGGGCAGUCAUCUUGGAUCCACUACACCUCAUCAACAACACACUCAUCCUUGGUGAUAAAUUAGGUUGUACUUCAAGUUCUCCUUCAAAACUUGUAGAAUGUGUACAAAGUCGAAGUGUUUCUGAUUUUUCCAACUCUAAACUUGAGCCAAUGGUUGGACGCCUAGCUUGGGGCCCGGUGCUUGACAGAGAGACUCGACAAAAAGAACACUGGUUUCUUCCAGACUCUCCAGAGUUCAUGUUGGAAAACGGCCAUGUACAGUUCGACGCCGACUUUAGCUACAUGGGAGGUGUAACUACAGGGGAAGCAGCUGCUAUUUUAAGUAAGAAUUUGAUAUAUAAAUGUAAGCAACAAGUUGUACAACUUCAUGAAGGAUAUAUAAAUCUGUUAUCGGACUCAUAUUUUGUAGCUCCAAAUGAUAAGAUGCUGAAACUGAUGUUGAAGAAUGAUGUAAAAACCUACAUGUAUGUUUUGAAUUAUACCAUCGAAGGUUUAGCAGAACUCAGGCCAGAAUGGUUUGGUGUGCCCCAUGAUACAGAGUAUUUUCUCUCUACUGGUGCACCAUUUAUGGACCCCAAAUUUUACCCAAAGAACCUGAAGUUGUCUCAAGCCAAGUGGACGGAAUCUGAUCGAGAAAUGAGUCAAUUCCUCUUGGAAGUCUGGGGCAGUUUUGCCAAAUAUGGAAAGCCUACACAAACAUCUUUCAACGGUAUUCAACUGUGGAAACCAAUGACUCUUAAAAACUUACAGUUCUUGGCUGUAAACACAGCCAACUUCACCAGUAUCAUGGAAAGAGAUUACAGGCAAAAACAGUCUCAAUUUUGGAAUGACUACUUACCCUUCAUUACAAGCAAGCUGCUCCCAACCUGGGCUCCAACCUUCCAGCCGUACAAGGAAGAAUUUCGUAUCUACAGUGCUUCCCUGUGGGGUGUGGUGGGAGCUGCAGGGUUGUUUCUUAUGCUAACACUACUAUUCUGCUGUUUGUACUGUAAAGCUAGGAAGGUUGAUUCGUACUAACACGAAGCAUAUCAACAAAUUGAUUAUAUCAGUUCCAGUGAAACAUGAACAACUGUUUUCGUGGCGUUAAGUAAUAUUUUUGGUAAUACACUGUUCAGCACAAAAUACAAAACCACAUUGGUUUGGAAAAUUAUGUUCUUUACUUUAUAAUAUAAGAAGAAAUUAAAUUUUUAUAUUUUUUCAUCACUUGUAACUAUUUAGCUUAGUGAGGAAAUGUUUGUUGCAAUUAAUAUAAAAUAUUUUAAUGAUUAGUGGUUGUGUUCUUUUUUAGAAGAUUGUUGAUUAUAGUACAUUUCUGGUGGUUUGUCUAAUUACUGAUGAAAAAAACAGUAUUUCUAAAUUAUAAUAUCAUUAAGCAUUUGUCAUUACAUCUCAUUAUAUUUUAAUUCCAUUUUCAGCACUGCCAGAAUAAGGUAAUUAAAUCACACAUUAGUCAUUCGUACAUGUAUUUUAGCUAAGAAAUAAAAACUCCCUCAGCUCAAUCUUUGAUAAGCCAAAAAUUUAUGGUGUCCAGUGGUACAAGA